AUGCAGGUCGAGCUUCGUGAUGUUGAUUGUGGAAACAAGGUAAUCCAGCGAUUUGGUACAGAUGAAGCAGUUGAAAAAGUGUUUGUUGAGGUGAAAAGUUACAUUUAUAUGUGUACGGACCGUGAUGGCAAAAUGUUGUUGAUGGACCCUGAUACCCUUGAUCAGCUGGAAGUGCAUACAGACUUGUUUGGAAAGAAGGCCAAGUAUCUACAAGAUGACAUGAAGGUUAAAGUGGAGGUUUAUAACGGAAUUCCUUUAUCUGCAUCAGUUCCAAAGCACGCAACAUGCACUGUGAAGGAUGCACAGCCUCCCGUGAAGGGAAUUGGAGUGACGCCUAGGUCUGUUUGUGUAUUAUGCACUUUACUAAUUUUUUUUUUCAUGAUUUCACGAUAUAUGAGCCCAACUUUUCUUCAAUUUUUCUCAGUUGUUCUUACUCCUUGAUGUAUAAAACCUGCAUGAAUAAA